CUCUGUUCGCCAGCUGUCACAUGGUAGCAGAUCUCGGUUUUUCCUUCUGUGGAACCUUUUGAGAGACGGUGUAGACCUACAUCCGUAACGGCCAACGAACAGGCAGGGGAGAACUAAAACCCAGUUCCCAUCCCCACCCGAACGUUGCCAGCCAGAACGGUGUUUUCUCUCUCGUGGACGCGGGCAGAACGACCUGCGGACCCUUCUCUCUUGUGCGGACAGAACGAUCCUUGCGCGGACGACCAGCGGUACGGAUCUCACGGGCCAUUCGGACGGAACGCUCCGGAUACGGGCUCGUUACGAGAGCCUGCAGCGCGUAGGAUUAAUCAUACGGGGUCACCUUUGCGUUAAGUCGCACCCGCAACUUUACCAUCGCGGACAAGCGGAUCAAGCGCGCGGGAUUCACCGGAUAACCCAGCAGAACGACUCGGAUUAACCCGUGAACGACUCGCUGGCGGAAGCCAUGCUGCACAACCGACAGGACGAUCGCAUCAUACUGCCGCGCCUGGCCCCGAGCGACAUCGUGGCGGGCAGCGCGGUGUUCCGGCCGCGACUCGGCGAGGACGCGGCGUUCCACUGCCGCGUUCCGACCGGCGUUGACUGGCGCGAUGUGAUGUGGCUGCACCAGGACCGGGUCGUCUUCGAAGCCGGAGAACCGCUGCGGGAUACGGACCAGACAUGGUCGGAUACGGACACCGCGGGACAGGCCUACACUUUCGGCCGCGUUAACGACACCCUGAUCUUCGUCGUCCGCAACGUCACCCUGCGCUCCGGCGGCCUCGUGAAGUGCGUUGACGGGCACGCCGGCCCGUACACGCCCCACCGUCGCAUCCUGCAGCGUUUUCAAUUGCUGCCACUGAUCACCCACCGCCGCGACGUCUUCACCGCGCCCGACGCGGACUACGUGAGCGCCGUCGAGGGUCAGCGCGCCACGGUGUCCUGUGAUAUCCGGCUGCCCCUCCCGCACGGCGUCCUCACGAAUCUAGAGAACCAUCUGAUGUGGGUCCACCACGGCCGCAUCGUCAGCGGUCCCUGGGAGGCGCCAUACGGGCUCCCGCGGCCCGCUAAAGGACCACCGCGUGACCUUUACUCCGGCGUGGAAAGUGGCACCAACCACUCCGGACAGCUGGCCGUGGUACAAGCUAGAUUGAAUUUUGCUUCCGUUACACAAGCGGAUGGAGGAUUUGUGCAGUGCUUGUUCCGGCCGCAUCAAGGCGUACAUGAGUGGGUCAUGCAGACGACGACGCUGCUGGUUUAUCCCAAACUGAACCCGAAAUGGUUUCAUUGACUGUUUGGCACUGCACGAUGCCAGCGCAUACCGCUGUUUACACUGGUCGAACUCAAUCAUCCGCCGAAUAAGGGACAAAUUAUCCAAAUGACUAUUGUUUCAUCAGGCUUUCCGGUUUAACCGGAAAGAUUGAAGGCUGUCCGCUUUCCUACUUGUUUAGAAUAUUGUCGUAGCUGGCCUUGUUGGGGUAUUACAUUUGAAAUAUUUCUCGAAAGCUAUUUUAUUGCUACACGAAAAAUAUUUUGUAAUUUUUUUCAUUCUUCCAUACGUCAAAAACAACAGUGGUCGCGCGUUAGCGCGACCGGUACUUGCAAUAUAAUACGAGUAAUUACAGUUAUACAAUCCUACCACUUGCGCCGUAUUUUCUUUUGUACUCGUAUCUAUACUUUGAAUUAGGAUAGAAUUAUGGACUUACGAGUUACGACAGCCAGGU